CCAAAGUUAUAGACAUCAGGAGUUGUGGAGGUUAAUAAGCGUUCAGUGCAGCAUUGAUAUAUAUCAUAACAAUAUAUUAGGUGAAUACGUCCGUUAAUUUAUUUAUGAGCAAAAUACCUGUGAAGCGAAGAAGAGUUUAAAAUCGCCGCUCGGAGCUCCAGUGUUAGCUAAAGCCAUCACAGUUUGGACAUCUCUACUUUUGCAAUGAAAGGGGGCGUGGCCCAUUGCCGUUGCUCAAAAUGCUACUCUCUCCCAAUUCGGAAACGGAUCCGUAAAAGGACUUCAGCCCUAACCUUGCUGUCUCUUCCUGAGGAGGUCCUCCUCUGUGUGCUGCCUUACCUCUCUGCUGAGGAUCUGCUGUGCAUCAGAGCAGUUCAUCCUCGGCUGCGGGAUGUUGUUGACAACCACGCCAGUCUGUGGGCCAAAGUCAAUUUUGAAGACACAUGGCCAGUCCCGCCAGUUCUAUGGCUAUUUGAAAGAGCUGCAGAAAAAGGGAAUUUUGAAGCUGCUGUGAAACUAGGAAUUGCAUAUUUGUACAAUGAAGGACCAUUGUUAAGUGACGAGGGGCGAGCGGAUGUAUGUGGUCGCAAGGCCUCUCACUUCUUCAGCCUGGCAGAGAGUCUACGCUCUCCCAUGACUGAUCCCUUCAUCUGGGUCUUUAUCCGUCCACCAUGGUCGCCCACCGGCAGCUGCUGCAAGGCUGUGGUGUUUGAUCAUCUCAAGGCUGAGUGUGACAACAAUGUGGAAAAAAAGGGGCCCUUGCUGCACUGUUUGGCCAGAGUUCUGCAACUGUUUGAAGAUGAUGAAAGACGGUCAGAGGCUAUAUCUAUGUUGGAGGAGUCGUCACAGGCUGGCUGUCUGCAGAGUUCCUACCUGUUGUGGGAGCACAGUCGUAAAGCAGCAAUGAAUGAUCCAGGCAGGUACCUUCAGUGUGUGCGAACCCUCAGGAAUUAUGCUGCCAAAGGAUGCUGGGAGGCACAGCUAUCCCUGGCCAAAGUGUGCUGCAGUGGGAAUCCCCUGGGUUUGGACACAAAGGCCUGCACUGACUUGGUGGCCCAGUUUUUCAGUUCCUCCAACCCAACAGCUUGCCACAGAGCAUGGGAGACUCUUGGACAAGGAAUUAAAGACCCCAUGAGGUACAUACUGGUGGACUGGCUUGUGGAAGUGACCACCAUGAAGGAGUUCUCCAGCCUAACGCUACAUAUGACACUAGGAUGUGUGGAUCGCUAUCUGGCACUGCGCUCUGUCCCCAAAUCUCGCCUCCAGUUACUGGGAAUCGCCUGUAUGGUGAUUUGUACACGCUAUGUCAGUAAAGAAAUCCUGACCAUCCGUGAGGCUGUAUGGCUCACAGACAACACCUAUAAAUAUGAGGAUCUAGUUCGGAUGAUGGGAGAAGUCAUGUCUGUGCUGCGGGGCAAGAUCAGGAGCCCCACACUGCUGGACUACGGGGAGGUGUUGCUGUCUCUGCUUCCUCUGGAAAGGCGGACCACUCAUCUCUUCAGCUACAUCUGUGAACUGUCCCUGCUUUACUCCGCUUUGGCCACACCACCAUGUGCCAAACUGGCCUGUGCUGCACUACUGCUUACUCGAGCACUACAUCAUUAUGCUCCCAUCUGGCCCUGCCUCUUAGUCGACUACACAGGCUUCUCAAAGGAAGACCUUGUCCCCCUUUCUCUGCUGCUCUAUGUCAAAUGUUUCAAUGAAGAUGUUCCCAAAGAUACCAGGCAUGUGGCUCUUAAUGGUGUCAGGCAACGGUUUGAGGAUGAGGUCUAUCAGCACAUCAGCACAGACAAGGUGAUGGACUACAAAGAGCUGUGUCAGGUCUUGGAGAUUCCUGAAGAGGAAACUCAGAUGGAGUCUCUCAGUUCCACUAACCAGCCAGCAGACGUAUAUGACUUUCUGGCCUCCCCAUCCAGUGCCAACAAGAGGAGACGUAAUGACAGCAUGCAGGCCCAUAGAGGCAGCUUUGUUGCCACACCCACUGCGGAGCUUUCUAAUCAGGAGGACACACUGGUGGGCAAUAUUCUGGACUGGAGUCUGGACACUUCCUGUUCCGGUUAUGAGGGAGAUCAGGAGGAGAGCGAACCAGAAAAAGAUAGCGACUCUUCCAUGAUAUCUAUCAAACUUCAUCCACUGACUGAUGCAGACAGAAAUCAACAGCACUGCACAGCCCUGUCCAGUGAUGACGACAGCAUCUGUGAAAUGGAGGAGGGGGUGAAAAUGGAUUGCCAAGACCAGGAACCUCUUUCCUGUUCCGCUGACCUACACAGUUCAGGAUAUUCAUCCGUCCAGAGCAUUAGCCCCACCUCCACAAGCUCCUCCUCCCUUAUUCCUUGCACAUUCAAGACCUUUACCACCUCUUUGGGCGCAGCCUCUGCCAACGCCCAGCCAGGUUUCCGCCUCUUGGUGCCCAUGCAGAGGCCCCGGGGUACCUCCAGCAAACAAGUGAAGAGGAAGAACACGGCAGCUCACAGUGGAGGUGAGAUGAACAAAGAAGAUGAAGAUGAUGAUGAUGAUGAUGAUGAUGAUGAUGAGGAGGAGGAGGAAGAAGGUGAAAGUAUGGGGUUCCUGAGCCUAUAGACAGUGUUUUUGACUGGUCUUACGAAGAUCAGGGUGUUUACAGACCACAUGCUCAGUUCUUACCCUCCAGCACCUUUGUAGUAUUAUCGAUGCUGUCGCCCACUCCUCAAGUCUGCACUGGUUUAUCAACUGCCAUAAGAUCAAGAUACUUUAAAGGCAAGUAAGGGAAAUUAAUAAAUAUGUAUCAAUUCGAAAUAUACUUUUCUAUUAAGUUACAUUUCAUUUGCAUGUUUACAGGUGUAGAGCAAAUGCGUACCUCGCAUAAACCACAAUAGUAAACCCACUGAUUCACAGUCAGUUCUGAAACCACUGGAACAUAACUUAACUUUCCUCAGGAGCCGGGUACCAUUUCUGCCAUUUCUGAUGUUUUUACAGCCUUUUACAACAACCUAUCUCAAAUCAAGUAGGAUAGUUGUAAAAUAAAUGAAAUCUCAUGGACUUGUUAUAGGGGGGCUGGGUUGCAGUGAAAAUCAUAGCUGUCGUGUUAUAUUUGAAAGUACUGGUUAUCAAUGUUUUAAUAUGCACUGUCUAUACAAGGAUUUCUUGUAUUUGGAGAAUGUCAUCAGUAGGUCAUCUUGCUGACAAAAAUGUCCGCAAUGAUUAUGAAUUUGAUUAGUUUUGUCCCGUUGUGCUUGUGUUUGCCAAAGGUACUGUGGUGAUGUCAUUUGUGCUUUCAGAGACAUCUGCUUAAAAAGAAACGGCUAUGGAAUGUGUCUUUUACUAGUCUGCAUUUUCUUGUAAAUAUUCAAUAGUUUUGCUGUUUUAUUGUUCAACCUCAAAAGAAACCUCUACAGUGACUGCACCACGUAGAUGUUAACUGCUGAGACAUUGACACAUGUUCAAUAAUCUGUGCUGAUAAUGGCAUUAACUAAGAAUCACCAGCUGGAUGAGAAUCUCAAACUUAAGCUCAUCAAUCAAGUGUUUAAUUCUGUACAGUCGUUGACUUUUCACCUCCAGUCUGAGGCACCCAAAUGCAACAUGCUGAUUGUACUUUACUCAGUUUUACCCACAUCCAGAUUAAGUCUAGCACUUUUAUCACCACUGAAGGAGGACAAUUCAAUGAAAUGCAAACAUUUCUAAGCUUGAACAAUCAAUACUGAAGUAUUUGUUUUCCUUUUGUGGAGGGAAGUUCAGACACUAAAUGAUAACUACUUGGGUUUUGAAAGUACUGUAUGCCUCAUUCAGGACAUGGAGCACAAGAUGUCUGUAAACCAUUGUGAUGGACUGUAAAUACAUUUUAAAACUGUUUCUCCAGACUGGUUAUAUCCUGUGUUUUAUAAAUGUACAUAGAACUAUAUGUAUAAAUGUGGAAAGGCAAAGAACACACCACUAUUACUUGAAAUAGUUUUUGCUUCAUUCCAAAAAGGCAGUUUUAUUUGUGAAACUUCUGUCGUGGCAGCACAGUGUUUUCUCAAUAGACCUGUAAUGUGAAUAUAUAUUUUUUUGUAUUGACUUCAAAUAAAAGCCGUGGUGCAA